AGGCAACGCAGUAAAACAACGUCCGGGCGAAACCGGCAGAGGCCUUUAGGGUGGCCUUUGGACAGAGACCGGCACCGGGAAUGUCGUCGGUGAGGUGACGCGACGUUUCCUUCUCGGAUAGAGUUAUGAGCCAAUACUACUAUCAAUAUGACAACAAAUUGAUCUUCUUUGAUCUUUUUUGGACAGCAACAAUUGGCAUGAAAGUGACAACAGAGUUCACCUGAAGCUAAUGUUGGGCUGCCACAUCAAUUUUUUUGUAUUGGGAUAAUUUGUGAUACCAGUAACAAUCUUAAAUCUGAGGCCACAAUGAAGCUGAAGCAACGUGUUAUUCUGCUAGCUAUCCUCCUUGUUAUUUUCAUUUUUACAAAAGUGUUUCUGAUUGACAACUCAGACUCUUCUGCAGCAAACCGAGAAGAUCAGCACUCCUUUCAGCACAUGAUGGAUAAACUCAAGAUUGAACUGAAUCCAAAUUUGGAGCAUACACUGCAAUCGCCAUGGGAGAUAGCAGCACAGUGGGUUGUUCCCAGGGAGGUGUAUCCAGAGGAUACGCCAGAGCUUGGAGCCAUUCUACAUGCCAUGGCCACAAAAAAGAUCAUUAAAGCUGAUGUAGGCUAUAAAGGAACCCAGCUAAAGGCUCUACUUGUUCUUGAAGGUGGACAGAAGGUUGUGUUCAAGCCUAAAAGGUACAGCAGAAGUUAUGUCGUGGAAGGUGAACCAUAUGCUGGUUAUGACAGACACAAUGCUGAAGUAUCUGCUUUUCAUCUGGACCGGAUCUUGGGAUUACGCCGGGCUCCAAUGGUUGUUGGGAGAUAUGUGAACUUGCAUACCGAGAUAAAACCAGUCGCCUCUGAGCAGCUUCUGAGCACCUUCCUCACACAGGGUAACAAUAGCUGCUUCUAUGGAAAAUGUUAUUACUGCAGAGAAUCAGAACCAGCCUGUGCUGAUGGGCACAUUAUGGAAGGAUCUGUGAUACUGUGGCUACCUGACAUCUGGCCAUUACAAAAACAUAGACACCCAUGGGGCAGAACCUACAGAGAGGGAAAACUAGCCAGGUGGGAAUAUGAUGAGAGUUAUUGUGAUGCAGUAAAGAAGACCCCUCCCUAUGAUUCUGGCCCUCGUCUUCUGGAUAUAAUAGAUACAGCAAUUUUUGACUACCUGAUCGGUAAUGCAGACCGUCAUCACUACGAAAGUUUUCAGGAUGACGGUGGAGCAAGCAUGUUAAUUUUGUUGGAUAAUGCAAAGAGUUUUGGGAAUCCAAGUUUAGAUGAAAGAAGUAUCCUCGCAGCUGUUUAUCAAUGUUGCAUUAUUAGAGUAUCCACCUGGAAUAGGUUAAACUACCUAAAGAAUGGAGUUCUGAGUACUACUAUGCGGACUGCCAUGUCACAUGACCCCAUAACCCCAGUUUUGACAGAUGCACAUUUGGAGGCCAUGGACCGACGGCUGAUGGGUGUCAUAGCAACUAUCAAGCAGUGCAUUGAGCAAUUUGGGACAGACAGUGUAUUGGUGGAAGACAGAAUGAAACUAUCUCACUUGAAAUAAGGCAUUUGAACUGGAAAUCAAAUAAAACUGCUGUUCUGCAAGUGUCAAAAAUAGACAGUUGUAAAUGAUACACAGUAUGGAAUACAAACUGAAGGAAUUUUAAGAAAAUGUUUCAAUAAAUUAUUUGGAAAGAUAGGCUUGUUCCUAGGAGAGGUGAUGAAAUGUCAGUUGGCCCAACUGAAUUCUGCAUUGACGCAGGUGAGCAUAAACAGAGGCAAUAAAAUUGCUUUCUAAAGUAAUGCUUUCAUUUGAUCUUUAUUGUAACUGUAGGCAUGUUUUUCAUCUUUCAUGUUUUGUCAAAGAAGACCAACUUGUUUUAAGCAUCCUAAAGAAAGGUCAUAAAUCUCUGCUUUUCUAACAGCUGUUACCUCAGUGAGCGAAAGGUUAAGUACAUUUUUUGAUCUUUACAUUGCCAAAUAAUGAAAUCCAGAAUAUUCUCCAGCUAGACAUCUCUUUUACUUUACAUGCCUGCCUCAGUUACAUACAAUCUGCUAUAUGGACAAAUUACAAAACCCACUAAUGUAAGUCCUGUCUUACUGUUUUCUCAUCAGAAAUUUUGAAAUGUUUAAAAACUUGCCUAUGGGACACAGUAAUGGUAUUACUACAAUGCAAAUUAGAUGGAAGGAGGCAAGAAUCUGAAAUAAAAGCCCUCGAUUUCUGUAAAUUCAAAAUGUAUUACAUGUUUAAACUGCAACAUAAAAUUGUAGUUAAACUACAGAACUUAAUAUUUAUUUUCUUACUUUGUUGAGCAUUUAAAACUAUCUAACUGCUGGGCUGGAAGUAAAAGGUACCUUUUUGUAAUAAUAUUGCUCAAUAAAACUUAUCCUAUUAUUAGAGUGCAAAUAGUGAACUUCAAACCAUAGUUCAUACAAGUGUUGCAAUGUUCAGUUUUCGGUCAAACCUUUGAGCAAUGUGUGGUUGUGGGGAAGGGAGAUAUAGCUGGUACUAUACAACAAUGAAGCUUGGGACCAACUGAACAGUUAACAUUCCACAGUUGAGACAGUCCUGAAGAGCUUGGAUUUGAAAGUGUUGUGAACUUGUACAUUUUUUGCUGUUUUCAGUGCUAUGUAUUUAAAGUGGAACUUGCUUAAAAGGUAACAGAACAGAAUUGUUUAUUGAUUAGGCAUUGGGGUUGCUAGCUUUAUACUGUGCCAUGUUUGAGCUGUUGGUUUACUAUUUGACAUUGUGUGCACUAAACAUGUUUGCAGGAUACCCAAACCUAGCAAUGGAACUUUUCAAAACUGAUGGGCACUGGCAGUUCUCUGAUCCAUCAGAUUGGUUGGAUGUUUACAAUGAUUCUUGCACAGCAGGAGGACUCGGACUGUUUAAAUCAAUGAUUCAAACUUUAGCAAUGGAAAUCUUUUCUGAAAUAUCAAAUAAUAAAGUGGUAUGUAAAUAAUUAUAUAAAUUAUUUGUUUGGAGUAGACUUGAGCUAUUGCUUACAUGUAUCUAUUAUAAAUGGAAGAUUACUCCAUAUUUUAGUGGAGAAGAUGGCUGGUGCUGUGGUUCACAUUCUCUGGUAAUCCACCAUUUUGAAAAUAAUGUUCUGAUCACCUCCAAUGCAAAUAAAUUAUUUAAGCAAUGUGUAUGAUAACACCUUCUAUUUUAAUAAUAAAAACAUCAAAGCACAGCUUCAACAAAUUUGCAUUUUAUCAGUGUGUUAUAAAAUUUAAGUCUCUAUUAAAGGCCAACAGUCAAUAAUGUUUUUUGUCAUUUACUUUCAUGUUAGAGCAUUUGUGCCCUGAACGUAAAAUGGUUAAUUUUAAUGUCACAUAAAGCAUGAUUAUUCCCUG